AAAUGUUACUCCAGGCUUAUUAUUUCCUUGGUGCGGAGCGGGGCUGCGGAGUUUAGAAUUGACUACGUCGCUCGCUCACUCUGCAUUCCUAACAUUCCGGCGCCGCUGGCCCUGCUGAUUGAACUAUGGUGAUUAAAGUCUACAUCGCCUCUUCCUCUGGCUCCAAAGCGAUCAAGAAGCAACAGCAGGAGGUGUUGGACUACCUGCAAGCUAACAAAAUAGAAUUUGAAAGAUGUGACAUUGCAGUGAGUGACGAAAACAAAAUGUUCAUGCGGGAGAACGUUCCCGAGAAUUGCCGUCCUGCAAGUGGAAUUCCACUUCCACCUCAGAUCUUCAACAACAAUCAUUACUGUGGGAACUUUGAAGCAUUUUUCGAUGCCAGGGAGAAUAAUGCUGUAUAUGCAUUCCUGGGUUUGACAGCUCCACCUGGAUCAAAGGAAGCUGAAGCCCUUGCAAAGCAAGAAGCCUGAAGGCCAAUUUCAUCACACACUGAUCUUAUUAAGAAACCAUACCGCCCAGUAUACCUUGUCACUGAGAAGAAAUAAAGGCAGUCUAUCUCUGGAAGCUUCUCACUUAAAUACCCAGUCGGCUUUAAUAAUAACUAGCGACUGGGCAACAAUGGACCACUGGGUUUAUGCAAGACAUGUUAUUGAAUAUUUGUCAUAGCUUAUUUUUCUACCUGGUCAUCUAAUCUGAUUUGUGCAGACAAUCCAACUAUUACCAAAAAGGUAAUUUAUUAGAUAUAAUUCUCAAUUUAGUUCACUUUUAAUUCUGGCAGUCCCAUCAUAUAAAGAGUAUCUUGAUACAUGAGAUAAUAAUAAGCCAAAACUCCUUUGCUCUUGCCCAUUGCCUUGAUUUUCAGCUGCUACAAAUAUUUAUCUGCUUUCAAGGAGCUUACUGCAUUCCAUUUAAUGCCUAGAAUCCAGUUCUGACCCAAAGGAGGGAAAAAAGUUUAUUUAUCUUUUGCAUGAAAUGGAGAAGAUCUGUUUUUAAUUAUGACAAAAAGGAUUGGUUAGAGAAAAGCUCUGAAAAUUUGUAAUAUUAUGGACAGAUAAGCAUGGAUAAAAUUAAUCUGUUAUUCUGA